UGCAGGCAGACUCGGGUCGUCAGUGUGGCUCUGGAGAUGGGAGGGUGAGGACUAUGUGCGAGUGCUCGGCGGAUCCUGUCACGUGCAGUGUGCGGAGCUGCCCAGUUACUCGGGCGAUUUUGUUUAUUUGUUGACCCUACCCUCUUUUGUGAUUGUUUACCUUUUUUUUUGUCGUGGAUGACAGUUCAGUGGUGAAGGUGUGGUGUAUACCGUGUGCCUUAUGGUGGUGUGAUGAAUGAUUUUGGUCCCAAUUAGAUGACGAUUUGAUAUCUUGUAAAUCCGUAAUCACUACGACUACUUGUGAGUGAGAUUAGAUUUAUAGUGCAUCCAUUCGAGAGAGAAAAUUCCGACGCUUAAAUUAUUUUGAAAAGUAAAUUACAAUUCGGAAGGAAGAACCUAAAUGUGAUGUGAAAAGGAAUACAUGUUUCGUAUCAAGAGAAAAAGUUUGUGAUAUCCAUUCCCCUAGAAGUAUAGAAUAUUUAUAAGCUCCAAACGUCAACGACACCGAACUGAAUCGAAAUAGAGCGAAAAUAUCUGAGCGUUGAACAUAACGUAACAGUUGCGACGACUACAGGAAGCCAAAGUUGAUUAUGUGACGGUGAUUUUCAUCGUCGUCACGUUAAACACUUGCCUGUGCCGCCCCUCGCAGCUGUCCUUCGCGAAAGGAUCGACUGCGAAGGAGGUUAUUAUCACGACAUUCACGCCCGAGUCCCAGAGGGCAUCGAGGAAGGCAGCGAAUGCAGUUUCCACGUUAGCAGGUACCAGGUACUGCUGGAAGGAUCAGCGGAAGUUGCUGUGGGCUUGCCUCGCAGACCUUCGUGCCGUGUCACGUUGUCUCACGGAAUGGCUGUGCUGGUAUUGUUUUGUAAAUUGUCUGUUGGAUUUUAGUUGAGAGAAAGUUGAGGCAUCUUUCCCUACGUUUAAAGAAUCGGUUUUGGUCGCGAGAAGCGCCGUUCGUCAACAUGCCCGUCAAGAACCCGAGCACGACGACGUGGUACCGUCUGCCUCCCUCCCAGUCGCACGCCUCGCCGCGACACCCGCCGCAGCCCUCCAAGGCGCCGCAGACGCAGACGGCGACGUCGACUCCCCAGACUCUGGUGACUUCCCCCAAACACGCGCCCUCCCCCAACUUCACGCCGGGGCUUCAAAUCAAACCACCCUCGGCCUCGCAAGGGGCGUCGCAGAUCCCCGGAGUGCGGACGCCCACGAGCCACUCCGGCCAGACGUCUCCUGUCUUGCCUUCCAAGCUGCCGACGUCGACCUCCAGUUCAGCGAACUCGUCCCCCAAGAAGACAGCUGCAUCUCAGGCUUCCAAGAUCGCGUCGCCGACCCUGGCGUCGCCCACGAGGCUGAAACAUGCCGACAGACUCCCGCCCUUGCCGAGGAGCAGCUCCGGCCCGGAUCAGAGCGUGGCGCCUCCUGGCCGGCCCGUGACCCCGAAUCUGAAGCCGAAAGGGAGAGAGAGAAUAACGAAGGCCAAUGAGAACAGGCCCAGGAAGAUCAGCGAAAACACCGUGGCCAGAAUAGAAAACAAGGACGUGAAAAAGAAGGAGAAGAAUGACGGCAAGAGACCGCGAGACCCCGAGGUGCCCAAGAAGAAGCAGGCGGGGGACGCCAAGGCGGAGCCCAAGACCAUCCCGAAGAGGAAGAAGUCGGAGAGGAGCAACUCGGACAACGAGAUCAAGCCCAAGAAGAUGGUCGCCAAGGAGCACCCUGCCCUCCACGCCAAGGCCGAGGAGCCUCACGAGAAGACCGUCGCGAGGCAGGCUCGGGGAAGGACGCCGGAAAAAGUUCCCCCGCACGCCAAGGAGCCGCGAAGAAUUCCUCCGGCGCCGAAAUUAUCCCACCUGCGACCGCAGCAGUUGCGCAAGGAGACGGCGAAAUGCGCGGGGAAACUGCCGAGAGACGUGGUUUCGCGAAAGGAGCCGGAUAAAGAGGAGGGAAAGAAAAAGCAGGACGCGGGGACUGCCGUCGUCCUAGCGAAGGAAGAGAAGAAGAAAGGGGAGGAAAGCAUCGUUGCUAACACCGGCGACGAGCAGAAAGAGGACGACGAUGAGCUGGAAGAAGACGAGUCGAUCGAAGGGGAGUACACCCUUAAGGACGACGACACGACGGUAAUCGACGACGCGCUCUCGAGUGAGCCGGUCGAAGGCGACACGGGCACAGACGUCAGCGGCGGGGACUUCGACAUGAGCAGCGCGGAGGGAGCGGCCAAAGGAGGCCAAGAGGGAGAUAAAGGAGGAGAGGCGCCCGCGGUCAAUUGCCCUCCCAGAGAGGGCGAAAGUGAGGCGCUGCAACGAGAUGAUUGCGCGCUCGAAGAGGACCGCCGGAGCGCCGUCGACAUGAACGACAGCAGCUUGUCAGAAAGCCUCUUCACGAUAGAAGACAGCGACAGGUCGGGGGCCUUCAAGGACGACUGCUCCACUAAGUACUUCUCGACGGUGGACGACGACCUGAGCAUGAAGGAGGUGUCCAUAGACGAGGAUCACAGCCUGGAUAUCGCCAUGAGUGACGACCAGAGCAUGAAGGACGACCUAGACGACCAAGGGAUGAGGGACGACAUUUUUGACGACCUCAUGAUGAAGGACUACCUCCUGGACGAGCAUGGUAUGAAGGAGAGCCUAAUGGACGACUUUGCUGAGAAGACCGGCCCCGCUGACGACCCGAGAGGAAAGCACCUUGCCGUCGACGACCCAGGGAUAAAAGACGGUGCUUCACCCGACCAGGAAAUGAAAGACAGUGCUUCAGUCGAUCAAGAAAUGAAAGAAACUCCUCCAGACGACCACGGAAUGAAAGAAGUAGAUCCCGCAGAAGAGCAAGGGAUCCACGAAGACCAGGCCAUGAGGGAAGAAAGUGCUAUGGGCGAGGAGAGUCCGCUGAAAGAGGCUGCUGAGAACGGCAACGCCCCUGAAAGCUUAAUCGUUACGGAUAAAGAGGAACUGAUCUCGGAUAAGAAGGAAGACACAGAAGCCAAAGAAAAUGCCCCCGUGAAUGAAGACGAAUCGAGGCAGCCGAUGGAAGGCGAUAAAGAUGGCAACACAGAGAACGAGAAGAUGGAGGAAAAUGCAGUUGCGGAAAAGGAGCCAGACCAGACGCCAGUAUUGCCGCAGGAAGUUGCGAGUGAAAUCAACGAAAAGAACGAUGGCGAAGCGGUGAAAGAAGAUGCGAAGAUCGAGGAAGAGCAAGGGACGACGACGAAAGAGGAGGAAACGAAAGUGACGGAGAGGAGAAGCAAGAGGAAAAUGGAGACGGAGAGGGCCCGAGGAGGGACGAAGAAACCUGCUCGAGUGUUCGUGGAUAAAGAUUUGGACAAGCUGGCAACCACGUCUCGCCCCGUGUCCCCUUGUCCCAGUGACGUCAGCUCCUCCUCUGACCUAUCACAUGCGUCCAACCUGUCACGUGUCUCGUCUCGGCUGCCAAUCAGGGCGUUGCAUGCAGCAGGCCCCGCCCGCACGAGCUCCAUCACUUCCUUGUGUUCCACAGCUUCCGGCGGAGGGUCCAGAGGGUCGAGGGAAUCCCGCGUCCUCACGUCUGCUCGAGCCUCUACGACCACAGCGGAGAAGAAGAGGCAGGAGGCCGCCCCACCUCCAAGACGACCUCGCCUUGAUAAUAUCAAGUCCACCAUUCCCAAACCUGGCAGGCUUCCACCCAGGAAAGUAACAGAGGUGACUUCAUAG